AUGGAGCCAAGAAAUAAUACUCACAUCUUAGAAUUUUUUCUCUUGGGGUUUUCACAGGACCCCAGCCUGCAGCCUGUUGUAUGUGGCGUUUUCCUCUCCAUGUACUUGAUCACCGUAGUUGGGAACUUGCUCAUUCUUCUUGCCAUCGUCUUUGACGCCAACUUACACACGCCCAUGUACUUUUUCCUCUCUAAUUUGUCAUUUGUGGAUAUCUGCUUUACUACCACCACUGUCCCGAAGAUGCUUGUGAAUAUUCAAACAGAGAGAAAAUCCAUUAGCUAUGCAGAUUGCAUCACCCAGAUGUUCUUUUUCCUGAUUUUUGUGGAACUGGACAACUUCCUCCUGGCUGUCAUGGCCUAUGAUCGCUACGUGGCCAUCUGUCAUCCACUGCAUUACACUGGCAUCAUGAACCGCAGACUCUGUGGCUCUUUGGUUUUUCUAUGCUGGAUGGUGAGUGUUCUGCACGCCUUGUUACAAAGCAUGAUGGUGUUGCGGCUGUCCUUCUGCGCAGACUUGGAGAUCCCACACUUCUUCUGUGAACUGAAUCAGGUGGCACAGUUAACGUGCUCUGACACUUUCCUCAACGAUGUGGUCAUGUAUUUUGCACUUGUGCUGUUGGCUGUUGUUCCUCUGUCUGGCAUCCUUUAUUCUUACUCUAAGAUAGUGUCCUCCAUACGCGCAAUCUCUACAGUUCAGGGGAGGUACAAGGCAUUCUCCACCUGUGCAUCUCACCUCUCCGUUGUCUCCUUAUUUUACUGCACUGGUCUAGGCGUCUACCUCAGUUCUGCAGUAAGCCACAGCUCACAAUCAAGUGCCACAGCCUCUGUGAUGUACACAGUGGUGACUCCCAUGCUGAACCCCUUCAUCUACAGCCUGAGGAAUAAAGAUGUAAAAGGAGCUCUGAAGAGGCUCUUAGGGGUGAAACCAUGA